AUGGGAUUUUCUCCCAGCAGUGCCUUUGUUACGCAGAGUCUGAGGGCUGCCAGUCGCCGUCCUUCUCCGUCACUAUAUCUGUGUCCAACUUGUUCCAUACGACAUUUCCGCUCUUCGCGGAGGAGCAAUUCACGCGCGGGUCCCAACCCCCGACUCGAAGCCUUCGGUAAAAUCAUUAGAGAUGAGUACGCGGUAGUCCGAGAUCAUUAUGAGACUCCCAAGCAUCCCAUUGUUCUCGCACAUGGCCUGCUUGGAUUUGAUGAACUACGACUUGCUGGACCUUUUCUCCCAGGGGUCCAGUACUGGCGUGGUAUUAAGGAGGCGCUCUCGAUGAAAGGCGUUGAGGUUAUUACCGCGACUGUGCCGCCGUCGGCAUCUAUUGAAAUGCGAGCGGAAGUACUAGCAGAGACGAUCACAUCUGCUGCGCGGGGAAGAGAAGUAAAUAUAGUAGCUCAUAGCAUGGGGUGA